UUGACGCGUACAUAUAAGUCAACUUUGUUUUGGCUUCGGGUGCACAACAGUCCAAUCCUUCGUUCUUGUUGCUGAAACUUCAAUAUCCUCGAUGGCGGACGCUCUGAUUGCCGCUGUGGAAACCGUUGCAGCGAAAAAGCCACCGCAGCACUCCUCAUCGACGUCUGUUCCAUCUUCCCCGCGCCCUCGUGUCCCUGAUCGUCACUCGUCCAUGAACACGCCUUCGGAUAGAACAGGUCCCCCGCGCUCGAUAUCUUUCUCUGUCUCUCCAUUGGCCGGGAAUGGGUCCAUCAUGUACUCCGGAAACGAAGAAGACGAUGCCCGUGAAGAUGGGAUAUUACCAUCAUCGUUUUCUCGUGCAAAUGGAUUCCGAACGCCGUUAGAAAUGUUGGAAAUGCCCGAUUGGGAAAGGAAGGGAAAGAAGCGCGAGAGUCGUGCAAUGGACGACAGUUGGAACCCGUUGCGGUGGUUGUUUCACGACUCGUCGCAAGACGAUCGGUCAGCUAUAGCCACUACCGGUGCAGCAAACGAAGCGGAGGAUGAAGCACAGGCGACAGAUAAGGACAAGGGAGCAGCUCCUGGUGCAGAGCCUGGCGAAACGCGUUCUAGGGUCUACCGUUCUUCGACAUCUCCAGAAAUCCGCAUGAAGACCGCACCAAAGUGGGCGCGUCUACGCUCGCUUAUGCCUCACAUAGCAAGUCAGGCGCACAAGAAUGAAAGUCAACCUCCCUCCAGUGUCACUCCUGCCACUGUCAACAUCACGGACGAACUUAUCACUGGCGGAUUGUCGACGUUGAUGUUGCGCAUGUGGUUCGAACGCGACGAGAAGGACGACAGACGUAUUCCUGUGCUCUUCCAUCGUCUCCGCAUCCGUGUGUCCGACAGUCUGAAUCCUUUGGACGGAAACAAGGCUGUAUUCAGAAUCGAAUGCGAAUAUGCCAACGGCGCUGUUCGUUGGGUUGUAUAUCGUCAGUUACGGGACCUCAUUUCACUGCACACUCACUACGCCUUCUCGAAUGCAUAUAAUCGGAAUGUUGAUGACCUUCCUGAAUUCCCCAAGACCAGUCUACCCUACUUCAAAUUCCUCAAAAAGGAAGGCAAAGACAUCGGUGCCAAAGACUUUGCUCGUAUCCAACGGGACAACUUGGAAACAUAUCUCAUCAAUCUUAUUGCCGCUGUUAUGUUCCACCCAGCUGCGAAUCGCCUGGCCAGUUUCCUCGAAAUCAGUGCCUUGUUUGUGAACCUGGCGAAUUCGGGCGGUUUGCAGCUGAAAGCUGGCUACCUCCAAAUCGAAUCCACCAAAACUGGCGGUGGAUUUGGCCGCAAGUCUGCGACAUGGAGGGAACGUAAGGAGCCGAAAUGGUGCUCAGUGCGGGACAGCUAUAUUGUCGCAGUGCAAGAACCUGGCGAGCUGACUGUUUGGGAUGUGUUUCUUCUCGACGCUGACUUCGAAAUCGAGCGGCCUAGGCGAUAUUACCGUCAAGGCCUCAAAUUUCUUCACCCAAAUGAGAGUGAAAGUGAGGACGAAGCUCCUGAUGGAAUGCUACCGGACGAGAGAAUUAAACCAAGUGUGAUGGGCUCUAUUCGUAGGUCAAUAUCCCGAAUCGCCCGCCCGUCUCGACGGGAUCAGAACGGGAACGAGGAGAAUCACUCCUCCCCCAGUUCUGGAAGCUCCGCCGCUUCCGACAUGUCUGCUGAGCCUGUAGCUAUGCAAGAUCCAUCAACGCACGUCGAUCCCAUGCAGGACGACCAGUCGGACGUCGAACGCGACUGGCAUCCUGAUGAACUGGAGAAGAGAAAACGAAAACAGCCUACAGCAGGUGUCUCGAAGCACACAUUCUUUAUCGUCAACUCGCAGCAGAGGCUCAAGCUCUUUGCGCGCAAUCAGAGGCAAAUGAAGCAAUGGAUUACAGCCCUCGAGAAAGUCAAGUCGUCGCCGUAUUGCCAGCCAAACAGGUUUGACAGUUUUUCGCCCAUCCGGCUGAAUGUCGCUGCUCAGUGGCUGGUCGAUGGGCGCGAUUACUUUUGGAAUUUGUCUCGGGCGUUGCUCUUAGCGAGGGAAUCGAUCUACAUUCAUGACUGGUGGCUUUCUCCCGAGCUGCAAUUGCGCAGACCCAACAAGGACCGGUAUCGACUGGAUCGCUUGCUGGAGCGCAAGGCUAAAGAAGGCGUGAAGAUCUAUGUCAUUCUCUACCAGGAAGUCUCCAGCCGCACGACUCCUACUGACAGCAACUAUGCCAAGCAACGAUUAACAUCUCUCCACCCAAACAUUCUCGUUCAGCGUUCUCCGUCGCAUUUCCAGACCGGGACUUUCUACUGGGCGCACCACGAGAAAAUGUGUGUAAUCGAUCAGACGAUCGCCUUUAUGGGUGGCUUUGAUCUGUGCUUUGGCCGCAAUCCUCGAGUCGUUGAUUUCCACACUUUGAACAAGCCGGAGGAAGACAUGUACGACCGUUCAAAGGUUCCGCGAAUGCCCUGGCACGAUGUGGGCUUACAGGUGGUGGGCCAGCCCGCCCGAGAUCUUUGCAGACAUUUCGUCCAACGAUGGAACUAUCUUUUGCGCAACAAGAAUCACACGCGGAUUAUGCCGUUCUUGCUUCCGCCGCCAGAAUUCAAAGUCGGCGAAUUGACCGCCAUGCAACUGACGGGGACUUGCGAGAUGCAGAUUUGCCGAUCUGCUGGGCCAUGGUCACUGGGCACCAAGAAAACCGAGCAUUCGAUCCAGAAUGCGUAUCUCAAAGGUCAGUUGGCCGUCGCCGAGACUCUCGGACCUAUGAUGAUAACGUCCACAGCCAUUCAACUGUCAGAGCAUUUUGUAUACAUCGAGAACCAGUUUUUCAUCACAUCCACGGUCGUCAAUGACCAAAAGAUCGAGAACCGGAUCGGGGAUGCGAUCGUGCAGCGGAUAAUUAGGGCCCACCAUGACGGCAUGCCUUGGCGCUGCUGUAUCGUCAUUCCUUUGUUGCCGGGCUUCACGUUCCCUGUGGACCACGGUGAUGCCAGUGCAAUUCGGAUUAUCCUCGAAUGCCAAAACCGGACCAUCGCCCGGGGUCCCAACUCAAUCUUUGCUCGAUUGAGAAAGGAGGGCAUUGAUCCUGACGAGUACAUAUCGAUCUUCUCGCUGCGCAGCUGGGGCAAGCUUCCGGGCGAUAUUCUCACCACUGAGCAGCUGUACAUUCACGGCAAAGUGUGUGUCGUCGAUGACCGGCUGGUCAUUAUCGGCAGUGCCAACAUCAACGAACGGUCGCAGCGAGGUGACCGAGACUCUGAGCUGGCUGCGGUCAUCCGGGACACAGAUAUGAUCGACGGCACGAUGGCCGGCAAGCCGUUCCAAGUCGGCCGCUUUGCACACAGUCUCCGCGUUCGGUUGAUGAGGGAGCAUCUCGGUGUCGAUGUGGACAGCUUAGACGAAGAGCACUUGAUGGCUCGCGAACCGUCCCAACCGGAGCACGAACAAGAGAAAUGGAUUCCGGAGACUGAAGAUGACGGGUAUGUUAAAGAAUCACGCGCGGAGCCUGGGCUGCACGGGAUUUUGGGGACCGUGAAUGGUAUCAUCAAGCAAGGGAUCCACGGUAGCGCUGAGGCGAGCUCGCACACGACUUCCAAGUUGCUCAAAAAGAUUGGCUUGGUGGAUCGGUCUACUGCGCAGAACGCGGGGGAUGAUGCUCUCAUCGAAGAGCGGAUGAUGUUUGAUCGAGAGGGUAACAAGGAGCCAGGAUUCGCCAGUGCCAUCGUUCCUACGCUUGAGGAAAAGAUGGUGCUCGAGCACCGACCUGCGGAAGAGCAUGCCGAUGGAACUCCAAUCGAGGAACGCGUCGCGGAAGGAGUCCAGGAAAACGACAGUGGUAAUGCACAAGUCGACGACGGGGAGUCCAAACCGGAGCAACCGAGGACGGAAGACGGUGAUCUGUUCGGAGCACCGGCAGAUGCAUCGCAGGAUCCCAAGACGGACGAUCAGCCGCCGCAUGCUCGCUCCAAUGUCGACGAUGCUACAGACGAAGAGAGGACAGCGCCUCACGCUCGGUCUCUCAUUCGAAGACAUCUCGCUGCUAAACUUGGGAGCAAGACAUGGGCGUUGCCUGUUCCGCGACCCAAAGUUGACAAGGACGCCUUCGAGGAUCCUAUCUGCGACCAGUUUUGGAAGGAAGUCUGGGUCUCUUCCGCGGCGCACAAUGUUCGGGCACUGACUGAGAUCUACCGCAAAGUGUUCCAUGCCAUUCCCGAUGAUCUAAUCACGACCUGGAAACAGUACAAGGAGUUCAUCGUUCACCACGAGCGCUUGAACAAACCACCGCGGGAUGCAAUGACUCCAGAAGCCGUUGCAGUCGUCCCAUCGGAAACUGCUGAGGAGGGUGCUGCUGCCGCUUCUUCUGACGGCCGGGACAAGCCCAACGAGGAAGACGAAACUACCAGUGAAGGACACGCCUCAGACAAAAAGAAAGAGAAGACCUCGCAAGCUGGCCCUGAGCCAUUCGAGAGAUGGGAGCGUGAUGAAAUGGAGAAGCUGCUUGGACAACUCAACGGACAUCUGGUUUUGUACCCCAAUCGUUUUCUCGAAGGCGAGGAUGUCGCGAAUAAUUUCUUGUUUAACUCGGACCGGCUCCUCCCUCUGCCCAUCUACGACUAAUCUACUGACUGACUCUUAUACCCUUCUCGCAUGUAUGUACAUGGACUUUCCGAUGUGUGAUCUAUGUAAGUUGUAAAGCAUAUACAUUUUUGAUGGCGCGUGUGCAGUGCAA